AUGAGACGACUGUGGACGCGGUUCCACACGGCAGGACGGACGUGUUGGGAGUAUAUUAGAAGUUUACUUAUCGUGGCAUAUAAUCUGAUUGGUGUUAUUGCGAUCUGCGGCGAAUGCGACAAAGUCUCUUUCCAGUACCGGGCGGAUAUAUAUCGUGCGGAGGAGGGAACAAUGCGACCGUGGCGCGAAGCGUGCCAGGGAUCAGAACAGCCGAACAGCCCUGUGAGACCCCGAUCGGGACGAAGAGGGGGGGGGAUCUUCCUACGGGAGGAGACGGUUACGAUUCAACUCGGCGGCGAUAGCGACGGCCCUCCCACCGCUCCGUGGGACCUAUAUCCUGUCCGAUCCGUGCCGUCACCCCUCACGUGGAAGGACCCCCCAAGCAGGGACAUUCCGACCAAGAUGAGAGGACAGAGCGCCAAGGUUGGAGGCGCUGGGCUGGGGAAAACCGGCAAGCCACCCCGCCAGCACGGACGCCUCCCAAGACCGUCUGCACCGCGAGUGGACGGAAUGGACGGGCGACGCCUGCCGGGCCCGAACUGGGCUUGGGGGUGGUGGGUUGCCACGCCGAGUUUGACACGACAAAAUCCCAUCACUGGCCCAGUAGGGCCAGUGCCCUGCCGUGCCCUAUACAGUCCUGGUUGGAGACCCGUUGCCACCCGCGACCAAAGACCAAACGAGAAGACCCGUAGCCUCACUGGUGACUCGGUCGAGUGGUCGCGAUAUUACCACUCACGGCCCGAGCAGCCUGGAGGCCGCUCAUCCCCCAGUGGGGACUCCAGGACUCCGUGGGGGCUCUGCGGCGCUUUGCCCACUGUUCGCGACUCCGUCCUUUCCGUCAGUUCACCGGCGCCGAAUGUGCCCUAG